AUGUUCUUGCGUUCUUCAAAGUUCCGCCAUGUUUUUGGGUGCCCGUUCAAGAAGGAAGCCUGCUACGAAGGUUUAAAAGCCACAAAAAGUGCACACGACACUAAUUUUUGCGCCGUCAAUCCUCAAUUUCUGGCAGUCGUCAUUGAAUCUUCCGGUGGAGGAGAUUUUGUUGUUCUACCCAUUGAAAAGACAGGAAGAUUAGAGAUUAACAGCCCAAAAGUAUGUGGUCACCGAGCACCAAUCACUGAUUUGAAAUGGUGUCCUCAUGAUGAUACUAUGAUUGCAUCUGCCUCUGAUGAUUCAACUAUUAAGAUAUGGAAAAUUCCAGAGAAUGGUUUGCAGAGUAACUUGAAUACUCCAGUAUCAGAUCUGAAUUCAGCACAUUAUAAGAGGGUGAGCUACAUUGAAUGGCAUCCGACUGUUAGGGGAGUGCUGCUCAGUGCAGGAGCUGAUUUCAAGUGCAUAGUAUGGAACAGUCUGAGUGCAACAGUAAUCAGCAACAUAUCACUCCAUCCUGAUCUCGUUUUCUCCAUCUCCUGGAACAUUGAUGGCAGCUUGUUUGCUACGACAUGCAAGGACAAGAAGAUCAGAGUCAUUUGUCCCAGGACUGGCAAUGUUGUGGCUGUUAGUUUUGAAGGAACAGGUCACCAGGGCAACAAAUCAAGUCGCAUAGUCUUCCUGAAGAACGAACUGCUCUUCACGACUGGUUUCUCACGAUCCGGGCAACGACAGCAUGCACUCUGGGACUCUAGAAACUUAUCGAAAGCACUUCGCAUGGAGGAAGUUGAUGCGGCCUGUGGAUUCAUCUACCCACAUUACGAUCCGGAUCUCAAUAUCAUAUAUCUGGCGGGCAAGGGUGAUGGUAAUAUCAGGUACGUUGAAAUAAUUGAUGAACCUCCUUACAUCUACUUUCUCAACCAAUUUCAAUCGAGCAUUCCCCAAAGAGGAUUAGGCAUGAUGCCAAAGAGAGGCCUGGAUAUGAAGAGGUGCGAGAUAGCUCGAUUCUUCAAGUUGCACUCAUCGAAGGAUGUCUGUGAACCUAUCUCAAUGAUUGUUCCUCGCAAAUCAGACAUGUUCCAGCCGGACAUCUACCCUCCGACACAGUCGUCUGAACCAUCCCUCUCCAUUGACGAGUGGCUGAGUGGACUCAACAAAAUGCCCAUCUAUAUAUCUCUAGAGGUUUGA